AUGCUCCCAGCCCAGGCCAAAUUUGCCUACAAUAGGUUCGUGAGCCAGACUACUGGGCGCACAUCUUUUCGGGUUGCAUAUGGAUGCAAUCCUCUCAGUCCUCUUGAGUUAGUACUAGUUCUUAUUUCAGAGAUCAGUGGGGAUGUUGAGGCAAGAGUACAAGAAAUUCAGAGGCUGUACGAGGAGGCUUUCCAGGCAACAAUGUCUCUAAUUCUCCCUCAUAGAGCUAUAUCCGAAGGUGAGAAGGUAGAAUCUGGCAACGUUGGACUUGGGGCAUCAGUGGUAAUAGAAGGAACUUUGGUCAGAAGUGAAGGAUCAAAGCAGAAAGUGGAGCUAAAAGUGGCGAGGCUUGCAGUGAUUGGGAAAAGUGAUCCUUCGGCUUACCCUAUCCAAAAGAAGAGAGCAAGUAGAGAAUUUUUGCGAACAAUAGCUCACCUUCGCCCUCGAACAAAUACAUUUGGUGCGGUUACAAGAGUGAGGAAUGCCUUGGCAUAUGCAACCCACAAGUUUUUCCAGGAAAAUGGAUUUGUUUGGAUCUCAACGCCUAUUAUUACUGCAUCAGAUUGUGAAGGUGCUGGAGAACAAUUUUGUGUUACUACUUUGAAAAUGGAAACAAUCUCUCGACUAAAGAUGGGGUUUGGAAUGAAGCAAUAUGGGAUAGAAGUUGAGUGGGGAGGCGAUCAGUAUUUUUAAAAGAUAAAGAUGGAGAGAGGGUCCAACACCCAAA